AUGUCUCGACCAACAGGUACAACCAAGCAAAAGGUGGUAGAUGUACAUACACACAUGUACCCUCCCGAGUAUAUCAGCCUCCUCAAAUCAAGAAGCUCUAUCCCGAUGGUGCGGACUUUCUCCAAUGCGCCAGAGCCCCGGCUUAUUCUCCUCAACGCCGAGGUUGAUCUUGUCGCUGCUAUGGAGAGUGGAAGCUCGUCGACAUUGCCGGGCAGGCCGUUGACUUCUCAUUAUAGCGACUUGGCGCAGAAGAUCCAUUUCAUGGAUACGCACGGUAUAGACAUCUCGGUCAUUUCUCUGGCAAACCCUUGGCUUGACUUCGUCCCCUCAGCGGAUGCGAUACCAAUCGCGACAUCUAUAGCCAAGGAGUUUGACGACAUGUGCUCCAGUCAUCCAGGAAGACUCUUCUUCUUUGCGGCACUGCCGCUGACUGCCCCGUUGGACUCCCUCAAUGCCUGGGUGCCUCAACUCAAAAAAGCAAAGUAUUGUCGCGGAGUCAUUCUUGGUACGUCGGGACUGGGUAAAGGGCUGGAUGACCCUGAACUUCUCCCGGUAUUCGAAGCCUUGGAAACGGCGGGCCUGAUGAUCUUCCUCCACCCACAUUACGGACUUCCCAACGAAGUCUGGGGCCCAAGGGCGACUUCAAACAACGAGUACGGGCACGUACUGCCUCUCGCGUUGGGGUUCCCCAUGGAGACCACCAUCGCCGUCACGAGGAUGUAUCUCGCAGGGGUUUUUGAUCGUUUCAAGUCUCUGCGGAUGCUUCUUGCCCACAGCGGAGGUACGCUGCCAUUCCUGGCCGGCCGGAUCGAGAGCUGUAUCCUUCACGACGGUCACCUAGUCAAAGAAGGAAAGGUUGGGCCGAGUCGUAGGACGAUCUGGGAGGUCCUGAAGGAGCAGAUCUAUCUCGACGCCGUGAUAUACUCCGAGGUGGGCCUCAAGACAGCACUGCAAGCCAGUGGUGCGGACAGGCUCAUGUUCGGCACGGAUCACCCCUUCUUCCCGCCACUGACGAGCGACGAGCAAGGCGAGUGGGAAAGCGUAGGGCUGAAUGCCGAGGCCGUGACAAGAGCCUUGGGGUCGGGAACCCAGGAGGAAGCGGCCGUCAUGGGAGGGAACGCCGUAGUUCGUUCACCUUUGGGUCGAUCCGGCGUUGGCUCUACAGUGAGAUGGGGUCGCCACGAUGAAGAAAACGCUGUUGCUGUGUUUCAUACACGGCUUCAAGGUAACAAGGUCUCUGCCCACUUGAGGAUCAGCUCUGCUAAUCUCGUCGUCACCCACUCGCAGGGAGGAGAGGACACCUUCGGCCACAACUACCAGUUCACCGAGGAUCUCCGUCAGCGCCUCUCGAUCGCGCUCCCCAAGAUCGACAUCCGUGUGGUGGUAUAUCCCAAGUUCGAGACAAGAGGCGACCUAGCAGACUGCGUCAGUAGAUUCAGAGACUGGCUCCUAGAGAAAGUCAUCGACAUCGAGGUCGAGGCGCAGACCCCGAGCCCGACCGUCGACCCUUCGGUCCGCACCAUCCUCGUCGGCCACAGCAUGGGCGGCAUCGUCGCCGCCGAGACCGUCAUCGCCCUGACCUCGGACAAGCCCAUCCCGCCGCCGUCCUCCACGGACCCGGACGCCUCCACCACGGGCGCCCCGGCCGACAGCGCCUCGGCCUCGCUCAACUCGCUCAUGUUCCCCUACAUCCAGGGCGUGCUCGCGUUCGACACGCCCUACCUCGGCAUCAGCCCGGGCGUCGUGGCCCACGGCGCCGAGGGCCACUACACCAAGGCCUCCGAGGCCCUGACGCAGCUGAGCGGCCUGACCGGCGCCCUGUGGGGCGGCAGCGCCGGCGCGGCGUCGUCGUCGUCGUCGUCGUCGCGACAGCAGCAGGGCGGCGCAGCGAGAAAGGAGCCGGUCGCGGCGCUGCCCGCGCCGCCACCGCCUCAGCAGCAGCAGCAGGUCAACGACCAGCAGCAGAAGCAGGCCGGCGGCGGCGGCGGCGGCGGCGGGUGGGGCAGCUGGGGCAAGAUCGCCAUGUACGCGGGCGCGGGCGCGGCGCUGGCCGGCGGCGCGGCGGCGGCGUACCUGAAGCGCGACCAGAUCACCGAGGGCUGGACGUGGGCGGCGUCGCACCUCGAGUUCGUCGGGUGCCUGGCGCGCGGCGAGGAGCUGCGCCGGCGCACGGCCUACAUGGUGCGCGCGAACCGCGAGCUCGGGCUCGGCUUCGCCAACCUGUACACGCGGCUGGGCAGGGCCGCGCCGCCGAGGCAGGUCAGCAUGGUGGGCACGGUGAUGGGCAGCCAGCGCACGUUCUGCAACCUGCCGUCGCGGCAGGCGGCGGGGGACUGGCGUGAGGCCGUCAACGACGCGGCCUCGGACGAGACGUGGGCGCACAUGAGCAUGUUCGACCCCAAGGAGAACCCGGGCUACGAGAGGCUGGCCGACGAGGCGCGGGACCUCAUCGCCUCCUGGGCGAGGAACGACUGGUACGAGGCCAGCUCGGAGGAGGAGAAGCCCCGCAUUCUGGCAUGA